AUGAUGCUGGGCUGGCGCUGGCUGGUCGGCUUCAACAUAGCGCUCGUCGUGGCGCAGAGUGAGAAUGCGACGGCGGCGGUGCGAUUUCUGUGGCCUCCGGUGGGCCACAUGGAGCCAUCGUCGAGGCUACUCGUGCGCUUUGACGUGCCAUCCAGCGACGGGUACAUUGCAUUCUCUGGCACCAAGAUCAAUGGCGUCUUACGCGCACAUCCUGAUACAAUUGCGCUGGACAACAUGGAGCCAGGCUCGCAUGUGGUCGUGGCGCAAGUUCACGAUGAGCAGCACGCGCCACUCGGCCCGCCGUCCGUACUGCGCGUCGAGCGCGUCGUCUCGAGAGCCGAAGCCGACGCGCAGCGCCGUCACAGUGCCAAGCCGCGCGUGUGGCUGACCGCGCUUCCAUCUGUCGCUGCGAGCCGCCCGACGCAGCGAACGCUGUGCUUUGUCGGCUCGAACGGCCAGUUUGACGGUCAGCGGCAGCUAUGGCUGCACGUGAUUCAGGGUCUCGCACGCCACCCCUCUGUGACGUACGCAUUCCACAUGUUUCGCCUCGAAGAUCCAUCGACGCGCUUUGACCCGUUCGCAGACAUUGGCGUGCAAAUCACAUACGCACCGAUGCAAGUCUCACUGGAGGAGGCUGCCGCGUACCAGCUCACGCCCAACUCGACAAUGGAGGCCAUCGUCAACUACGUUCUGGGCGGCGGCUCCGAUGUGCCCGCGCACAUUCCGCGGCUCUGGGCGACGUACCUCCACACGUUUGCACCGUGUCAAGGCGGCAUUUUGGUGCUCGCCAACUCGCGCGACCAUGGCGACCGCCUCCUCACCGUCGUCGCCAAGCACGUGGGCGCGCGCGGCGUUCUCUUUGAUCUCUCGAGCAUCUUUCCGGUGCCAAAUACGGUCGACGCGCUCAUUGGCCCAUCAACCUACACGCUAUACCAUGCGAGCGUCACAAACGCCAUCACUGCGCGACACCGCCACGUGAUCCCACCCGGCAUCGACGCAAGUGUCUUUGCUCCUUCUUCCAAGCGCCAAACGACACCGAGCGACUGCCUUGUCCGCUGGGGACACUGA